GGUAUGAAACCCUUUAAUUAAGGAGAAUUGCGGUCAAUAUUGAUAAAUGGAGAGAAAAUCUAAUGUAUUUAUUGAAAGGGAUUUAUCAGUUUAUUGGGAGGGAAGAAUUCUUAUUAUUGAUGCAUACGAUUCCUAUUUCUAUAAUAUUUGUUCAUUAGUCCAAAAGGUUCUUCCAAUGGCACGACUUUUUAUUAUUCGUAGUGAUCAGAUUGAAAAAGACAAGCUUUAUGAAUGUAUUGAAGGGUUUGAAUGUUGUAUUCUUGGGCCGGGACCGGGUAAUCCGGGAAAAGCAAAGGAUGUAGGAGUUUUCCCGGCAAUAUGGACAUUAAAAGAAGAGCUAGUAUUACCGGUAUUUGGAAUAUGUUUGGGUAUGCAAACACUUUGCCUUGAAUGGGGAGGAAGUGUUUCAAGACUUAAAUAUGUAGCACAUGGAAUUAUAUCAGAGAUUGAACAUACAGAGAAAGAAAUAUUUGAAGGACAUUCAAAAGGAUUUAAAGCAGUGCGAUAUCAUUCAUUUUGUGUGAAUAUUAGUGAAUCAUGUUUUCUGGAGGGAUUAGCAUGGACUUUAGAUGAAAAUGGGAAAGUAUUGAUGGGAGUAAAACAUAAGAAGAAACCAUUUUAUGGAGUUCAAUAUCAUCCAGAAUCAUUUUUAUCAGAACAUGGAGAAAAAAUAAUAUAUAAUUUUUGGAAACAGACAUGUGAGUUUAAUAAGAGGGAAAGGCGGCCACGAAUAAUAUUAAAUAAGAAAUGGAAUGUUUUACAUCAAGCUAUUCAGCCUUUAGGAACUAUAAUUGAAAGAGAUGAAACAAAAGAUCAGAAAUUUAAUGAAGAAUUAGAUAAACAGAAUAAAUCUAUUGAUAUAUUUGAGGAUAAAAAAGAGAAUGAAAGAGUUUUUUUUGAAGUAUUAAAUAUUGAAAUUUCAGCAAUUGAAAUAGUGGAGGAAUUACAUCUUGAAAAAAGAGAAACAUGUGCUAUUCUUGAAUCAACAAGGGAACCAGGACGAUAUUCUAUUAUAGGUGUACCAUCGGAAGGCCAUUAUACAUUAACACAUACAUUUCCAGACAUGUAUCUUAUUAAAACCUAUUCAGAUCAACAAGAAAAAAUUCCAUUAAAUACACCACAUAUAUGGACAUGGUUAAUUGACAAUAUACGUAAACUACAAGUAAAUAAUGGACCAGAAGUACCUUUUCAAGGAGGAUUUAUUGGAUAUUUCAAUUAUGAAUACACAAUUUAUACAACUAAUAUAUACCAAAAAAGCAAAUUCAAACAUCCAGAUGUUAGUCUACUAUUUUUUGAAAGAAGUAUUGUUAUAGAUGUAAUAAAAAACCAAGUGGUAGUACAAAGCUUAAUUAAAAACGAUCCCUGGGUUACAAAAACAGCAGCUAUUAUUCGUUCAUUUAACAGAAAAUAUUCAAAUAAUUUGGAGUCUUCAGAAAACUCAUUUAAUCAAAACAACUAUUCCCAAAACAUAUUACAAACACGAAUUGUCUUGCCUAACAAAGAUGAAUAUCUUAAAAAAAUCGAAAUAGCCCAAAACUACAUAAAACAGGGAGAAUCUUAUGAACUUUGUUUAACAUCAACAACACAUAUUUUUUCAUCUGAAAAAUGUACUCCAAUACAUGAUUGGAACUUAUAUAAACGCUUGAGAAUAUUAAAUCCAGCACCAUUUUCUGGAUAUCUUCGAUUAAACGGCGUUACAUUACUAUUAUCUAGUCCAGAACGAUUCCUGAGUUGGUCUUCAGAUGGAUUAUGCGAAUUACGACCUAUCAAAGGAACUUUACGUAAAGAUCCUUCAAUUGACUUAAAGAAAGCAACUGAUUUACUGAAAAAUCCAAAAGAUUAUGCAGAAAAUUUAAUGAUUUUAGACCUUAUACGUAACGACUUGUGUCAAAUAGCAAAAAAUGUCCAUGUACCUGCAUUUAUGCAAGUAGAAGAAUAUCAAACACUUUAUCAACUUGUGUCAGUAAUUCAAGGAACUGUACAACCUCCUUAUACAGGCAUUGACGUAUUAGCAUAUGCAUUGCCUCCUGGAAGCAUGACAGGCGCACCUAAGAAGAGAAGUAUAGAAUUAUUAUAUGAAUUGGAAAAGAAAGAAAGAGAUAUAUAUUCCGGCGUAUUUGGAUAUUUUAGUGUAUGUGGCAGAGGCGAUUGGAGUGUAAUUAUACGAAGUACAUUUCGUUAUCAUGACGAAGACCAUUGGAAUAUUGGCGCAGGAGGAGCAAUUACAAAUCUCUCAAAUGCAGAAGAUGAAUGGGAUGAGAUGAUAUUAAAAUUACAAAGUGUUCUUUCACUAUUUAAAUAAACCAAAAAUUAAAAUAAUUUAACUAGUUUUGUCAUAUAAUGCGAAA